AUGGCCCCAACGGAGCCAACGACGUCCCCCGGGACGGCCGCCGAGGCUCUGCCUACCCCCGAGCGCCCCCUCGACAGUCAGACCCCCGACGACGUCACCGUCGACGGUGACGACAAGGAGAAGACCGAAUUUGACAUUAACGCAUCAACGGAGCCCCACAUGACUACCGCCAAGCUCAACAAGGCGCUCGGAGACGUCGACACCGAGUCGCCAGAAUACAAAGAGCGCGAGCGCCGCCUGGUCCGAAGAAUCGACAUCCAGCUGAUGUUGAUACUGGUUCUUAUCUACAUUUUGAACUACCUCGACCGCAACAACAUCACGACGGCCAAGGACAACGGCUUCGUCCGGGACCUCAACCUGACGAGCACCGAGUACGCCACGGGCCUGUCGCUGCUCUACGUGGGCUACAUCACGCUCCAGAUCCCCUCCAACAUCCUCAUGACCAAGAUCGGCCGCCCCUCGAUCUACAUCCCCUGCUGCGUCGCCGCCUGGGGCAUCGUCUCGGCGUGCACCGCCGCUUGCAAGACGUUCCACCACCUCAUCGCCGUCCGCAUCAUCCUCGGCAUGGUCGAGGCCUGCUUCUUCCCGGGCGCCCUCCUCCUCCUCUCGUGCUGGUACAAGAAGUCCGAACUCGCAACCCGAUCCGCCAUCCUCUUCAGCGGCUCCAUCCUCUCCAACGCCUUCUCCGGCCUCAUCUCCGCAGGCAUCCUCAACAACAUGGACGGCAAGGCAGGCCUUCCUGCGUGGAAAUGGUUGUUUUUGAUCGAGGGAGCGAUCACGGUUGCCGUUGCGAUUGCAGCGCUCUUCAUUCUCCCAGACUUCCCGCACAACUCGCGCUUCUUGAGCAUGGAGGAUCGCGAAUUUUUGGUGCGCCGGAUGGCGCUCGACGCGGGCGAGUCGGACGUUCCCGGCGAGAGUGGAGGUGCCAUCGACGGUCUGAUCCUCUGCUUCAAGGACGUCAAGGUCUGGGUGCUCGCCUUCAUGCUCACCACGGCCACCAUCGGCCUCGGGUUCAACCAGUACAUGCCGACCCUGACGCGUACCCUCUUUGACGAGAAGGUCAAGUCGCUCCUCAUCACGGUGCCCAUCUGGUUCUUCUCGUUCCUCAUCUGCCUCUUCAACGGCAUCCACUCGGACCGCACUCGCGAGCGCACCUGGCACAUUAUUGUCCCUCUGAGCGUCGGCAUCCUCGGCUUCAUCAUCUCGGCCGCCACGCUCAACACGGGUGCGCGCUUCUUUGCCCUCUUCAUCGAGGCGAGCUCGUACGCCGGCUACACGUGCAUCCUCGGCUGGAUCGCGCCCUCGAUCCCGCGCCCCUCGUACAAGCGCGCCAUCUCGCUGGCCUUCAUCAACGCCUUUUCGCAGCUGGGCAACAUCUCGGCCUCGUAUGUCUGGCCCGCCAAGUGGAAGCCCAGCUUCUGGCAGUCCAACGUCAUCUCCCUCACCAUGUUUGUCGCGUGCAUCAUGCUCGUCGUGCUGCACCGCACCAUGCUCCAGAGGGAGAACAAGAAGCUCGACAAGGCCCGCGGCGUCGUCGGCACCCCCAUCGGCGGCAAGUCGACGGGCGAGGGCGCACAGUACCCGUCCAUGGUCGUCGACGAGGACGACAUCCAGGGCCUCGCUGCCCAGCAGAAUAUCUCGCUCCAGCAGGCCAUGAUGGCCCGUGCCAACUUCAGGUACAUGCUCUGA